AUGGCCUCAACUCUCGAGAAGGCCAAAGUAGGGGCCUUGGGCUUCAUAUCGUUGGCCGUUCUGGUAGUCCUAGUCUUAAGCAUCAUCACUUUUGUCAACGUCAACAAUGACGAAAAAUCUGUUCCGACCGCAGCUCCAAGUAAGUCGAAUUUUACGCAUUGGUCUUAACAACCUUAAUAUGCCGUUUUGACUUACUAACUAACCGCUUUAGCAACCACAUUAGCUCCUGUAACGGAGCCAGCGGACUCUGUUCUGCAUAUCCGGCCGAGGAAAAAGAUCCAGCCCGAUUUGGAUAACAUUGAAAAGUUUGCAUACUACAAAUCAUACUCGGAAACGUUGAAGGGCUCGUUGAACACGACGUACGACCCGUGCGACAACUUCUACGAAUAUGCUUGUGGGAGCUUCAAUCAGCCCAUGGAUUUCAACACCAUUCAGUUCAAGAAUGCGAUCCAUUUGCUGAACGGAUUGAAGAAAAAUAA